AAUCAUUUUCAUUCCGUUUUUUGCUUCGGAAGCGGUUUAAUCAUCUGCAUGCGAUCAUGCAAAACAAGUUUUUGUCAAACGUAUGGCACCCGAAGUCCAUAAUUUUCGCGAUAGUGUCUUUGUAUCUAUGUGAUGUGACCUGCCAAGAGAAGCCCUUUGUGACUACCCCCCUUGGGCCGCUUAGCGGGUUCUAUAUGAAAACAAGAGAAGGGAGAACGAUAGCUGCAUAUACAGCUAUACCUUAUGCACUUCCACCUGUUGGAGAUUUGAGAUUUAAGGCUCCAGUGCCAGUAGAUGCAUGGCAAGGACCGUUGGAUGCUACCAAAGAGAGUCCGAAAUGUGUUCAGAGGAAUCCAUACACCCGACAACAGGAAAUAGUCGGACAAGAAGACUGUUUAUACCUCAACAUUUACACCCCUGUGUUAGAUAACGAUUUAGCAUACGAAAGUAAGUUACCAGUUAUGGUAUUCAUCCACGGUGGCGGAUGGAUGUGCGGCGAUAGCUCCACUGCCAUGUAUGGUCCACAAUUCCUUCUGGAUCGAGACGUCAUUUUAGUUGUCAUAAACUAUAGAUUAGGUCCAUUGGGAUUUUUAUCAACGAAGGACGAACACUGUCCGGGAAACAAUGGUCUAAAGGACCAACAAGAGGCGCUGCGGUUUAUUCAGAAAACAAUUGCGAGUUUCGGUGGAGAUAAAGAUUCUGUCACUAUAUUCGGUGAAAGUGCUGGAGGAGCCAGCGUUCAUUUUCACAUGUUAUCAAAAACAAGUGCAGGUCUAUUCCACAAAGCUAUAUCUGAAUCUGGGACAGCAUUGGUGCCGUGGGCCGAAGCCCCUCCAGGUGAAGCAUUAAGAAACGCUUUUCGCCUUGCCAAGUUCUUAGAUUGCCCACAAGCUCCUUCUGAAAAAAUGUUAGAAUGUCUUCGAACCAAAGAUAGCUAUGAAAUUAUUGACACAGAAUUUCGAUUCUAUGAAUGGGACUAUGAGCCUAUGACUCCGUUUAAAGCAGGUGUAGAGCCCAAUUUGCCAGGAGCAUUUUUAACAGCACCUCCGCGGCAACCCGAGGUACCUGCAGUGCCUUGGCUUACCGGCUUAAACAAAGAUGAAGGAUGCUUGAAAUCUGUCUGGAUAACAUCAAAUAAAACUAAAUACGAGGAAUUCAUGUCCGGAUUUGAAACAAUCGCCCCGAUUACGUUUUUCUAUGAUAAUUCACCAGCCGCAGACGAUAUUACGCAAACAAUACGCAAAUAUUAUAUGUCGGGUGAUGAAAAUACCGCGAAGAAAGGUAUUCUUGAGAUUUAUUCAGACUCUUAUUUCAACUACCCCGCUUUAGAGGCCGUAGAAUUAACUUUAAACUACACACAAUACCCAAUAUAUCUAUAUGAAUUACAGUAUAGAGCAACAAACAGUUUUUCACAAAUUUUUGGAGACCUUGAAGGCGACUACGGUGUUUGCCACGCCGACGAAUUAAUGCAUCUUUUCCCAAUUUCAUUCUUGAACAAACCAUUUUCUGAAGAGGACAUUGAAUUCAGCAAACUCCUCGUAACUUUAUGGACUAACUUUGCAACUUCUGGAAACCCAAAUGAACCACAACCGGUGCCUUUUAAAUGGGAGCCCGCCACGAGUGGAGAAAAAAUGGAAUACUUGGAAAUAAAAAGAAAUUCCCGAAUGAGCGAGAAUUUAGCGACAAGGUCAAGACUCUGGUUUUCAUUACCGCUGUGGCAUAAUAUGAGAAGGCGAAGAUACAUCGAUGAAUUAUAGUGCUUGAUUGGAA